AUGGCCGACUUUCAAGAAGAUAUCAAAGCUGUCCCCGUCCAGAACCUUCCUGGUGUCCGCUCUGUGUCGCCGGUUGACGAGAAACGUGGAUCCACCGCCUCAACCGCCGCGGCGGCCCAAAAGAUCCUCGAGCACGGUCAAGAUGCCGACGAGGCAAUGAAGGCGUACGCUUCCGGCGAAGUCGUCGAGGUCACCGAAGCCGAUAACAAGCGACUCUUGCGCAUCAUCGACUGGCAUCUAAUGCCCCUGCUGUGUCUCAUUUACGGUCUGAAUUAUCUCGACAAGACAACCUUGUCCUACGCCAGCAUAAUGGGCAUCAAAAAGGACAUCAAUCUCCAGGGCGACGAUUACCAAUGGCUCGGUAGCAUGUUUUACUUUGGCUACCUGGCAUGGGAGUAUCCCACGAAUCGACUCCUUCAGAGACUGCCACUGGCAAAGUAUUCCGCGUUUUGUGUCGUCGCUUGGGGAGCCGUUUUGGCGUUAUUCGCCACCGUUUCCAAUUUUGGAGGAGCUGUUGCUAUCCGAUUCUUCCUGGGCGUCUUCGAAGCUGCCGUCACACCGGGAUUCGCAUUGUUCACUUCUCAAUGGUACACCAAGAAAGAACAAGGCACUCGGACCGGAAUAUGGUUCAGUUUCAACGGGUUCGGACAAAUCUUUGGAGGUCUCGUCGCGUACGGCAUCGCCGUCGGUGCCCGCAAGCAUGGUACCGCCAUCGCACCUUGGAAGAUCGUCUUCUUGGUCAAUGGAUGCUUGACCGCCUUUCUGGGCAUCAUUUUCUUCUUCGUGAUGCCGGACAAUCAACUCAACGCACGCUGGCUGAAGCCCAAGGAUCGGGUGUUGGCCAUUGAACGAGUCCGGGUCAAUCAGCAAGGCAUCGGUAACAAACAUUUCAAGUUGUAUCAGUUGAAAGAGGCGCUCCUGGACCCAUUGACUUGGGCAUUUGUGUUUUAUGCGUUGACAGCCGAUAUUCCAAACGGCGGAAUCAGCAAUUUCUUCUCGCAAUUGAUCGUUUCGUUCGGUUACACCGCCGAAGAGUCCCUGUUGUACGGCACGCCAGGUGGAGCCGUCGAGGUCGUCUCCCUCAUGUUUUGUGGGUGGUUGGGCGACAAACUCGGACAACGCAUCUUGGUCUCGAUGAGCGGGUUGACCAUUGCACUCCUCGGGAUGAUCCUCAUCGUGGCUCUGCCGCUGGACAACAAUUCUGGUCGCCUGGCGGGCUAUUAUCUCACUCAGGCCUCGCCGACCCCCUUUGUCGCCUUGCUCAGUUUGAUCGCCACCAAUGUCGCCGGGUACACCAAAAAGACCACCGUUGCGGCAUUGUAUUUGAUCGGAUACUGCGUCGGUAAUAUUAUCGGUCCACAAACUUUCAGACCAAAAGAUGCACCGAGAUACGAACCCGCCGAGAUCACAAUCAUCGUCUGUUGGGGUCUGUGUUUGAUUGACCUCGCCUUCAUCUGGUGGUAUUGUAGACGUCAGAACAAGCUCAAGGCCAGAAUCAGGUCGGAACCGGGUUAUGUCAAGUUGGAAAACCAAGAAUGGCUCGAUUUGACCGACAAGGAGAACCCCGAGUUCACUUAUAGCUUGUGAGAAUGAAACGGUUUGGUACGGAGAUGGAGUACUACGAGUAUC